CGCCCAGGCCUGGCCACGGGGCCACAGGGCAACACGAGCACGCCGCCUGCCGCAAGCCCGAGCCGGAGCGGAGCCGGGCGGGCAGGCAGAGCAGCUCGCCUGGCUCCCACCAUGAGCGCCGAGCUCAACGUGCCUGUGGACCCCUCCACUCCUGCCUGCUCUGAACCGGGCCCCAAGGGCAUGGAUUACCGAGACUGGGUCCGCCGCAGCUACCUGGAGCUGGUUACCUCCAACCACCACUCCGUGCAGGCCCUGUCCUGGAGGAAACUCUACCUGAGCAGAGCCAAGCUGAAGGCCUCCAGCCGGACCUCUGCCCUCCUCUCAGGCUUCGCCAUGGUGGCCAUGGUGGAGGUGCAGCUGGAGACGCAGUACCAGUACCCCCGGCCACUGCUCAUCGCCUUCAGCGCCUGCACCACGGUGCUGGUGGCCGUGCACCUCUUCGCCCUGCUCAUCAGCACGUGCAUCCUGCCCAACGUGGAGGCCGUGAGCAACAUCCACAACCUCAACUCCAUCAGCGAGUCACCGCACGAGCGCAUGCACCCCUACAUCGAGCUGGCCUGGGGCUUCUCCACCGUGCUAGGCAUCCUGCUCUUCCUGGCCGAGGUGGUGCUGCUCUGCUGGAUCAAGUUCCUGCCUGUGGAUGCGCGCCACCAGCCCGGCCCCCCGCCCGGCCCCGGCGGCCACACGGGCUGGCAGGCCGCCCUCGUGUCCACCAUCAUCAUGGUGCCUGUGGGCCUCAUCUUCGUGGUCUUCACCAUCCACUUCUACCGCUCCCUGGUGCGCCACAAAACCGAGCGGCACAACCGCGAGAUCGAGGAGCUGCACAAGCUCAAGGUGCAGCUGGACGGGCACGAGCGCAGCCUGCAGGUGGUGUGAGGGCGCGGCGCCCCGGGCCCAGGCCAGCGCCCCCGC